GAUAGAAGAGGACAGAGGUAGUACUACCAGACCACCAUGUAUUGGCCAUAGCCUGCCGCCCCUCUGCUUUCUCAUCAGCAGACCACCAUGGCCAUAGCCCUCUCCUCGUCAGCUCAUCCACCCCGCUAUCCUUCCUUCUCUCCUUCCAGACCCCAUCUCUCCCACAAACCUCCCCUCUUUACCGCAACCACCAAGAAACUUAAGAAGCUUCUAAGCCAUGCUGCGGCUGAGAAUGGGUCUGCCGUUGAUCAAGAAAGGAUAGUUGCGGCGGAGAAGGAUUUGAACUACCAUGGGACUGCAGUGCCGCCGGAAUUGGUCUUGAGUAAGAAGUUCCAUGAUCCGAGAUGGAUCGGAGGAACUUGGGAUUUAGGGCAGUUUCAGACUGAUAGGAAGACCGAUUGGGAUGCUGUGAUUGACGCCGAGGUUAAGAGGAGGAAGUGGUUAGAAGAUAACCCAGAGCCAUCAAGUAAUGAAAGCCCUGUACUUUUUGACACUUCUUUUAUUCCUUGGUGGGUAUGGAUGAAGAGGUUCCACCUUCCUGAAGCUGAACUCCUUAAUGGCCGGGCUGCAAUGAUUGGUUUCUUCAUGGCCUAUCUGGUGGAUGGUUUGACUGGUGUUGGCCUAGUUGAUCAAAUGAGCAAUUUCUUCUGCAAAACACUAUUAUUUGUAGCUGUAGGAGGGGUUCUUCUGAUCAGGAAGAAUGAGGACAUAGAGACGCUCAAGAAGCUGGUGGAGGAGACCACUUUCUAUGACAAGCAGUGGCAAGCAAGUUGGCUGCAAGAUGAGACUCCCAAGGAUUCUUGAAAACAGUUUCUACUUCUUCCUUUUGCAUGAACCCCUUGUACUAUGGUGUUCCACUAUGUCAGUGAAGAGUAGUGCAACAUAACAAUUCAUGUGUACACACUCCUCGUAAUGUUAAUGUUAAUUAAUGGAGAAGUAGAUUCCUUGUA